AUAACUUUUAUUAUUUUUAAUAAUUCUUAACGAUUUUGUGUCUUAAAUACAUUUAAACGCAUUUAAUUAUAAGUUAAUAUAAUUUUAGAUUAUUUUUGAUACAAUUUUAUAUCUUUAACAUCUUUAAGACAUCUUUAAGACAUCUUUAACGUAGUCUUUUGUGUCAAUUGUUCUUAUAUUUUAUCGACAAUCAAAGUCCUAAUUUAAAAGAUCAAUGGAUAAUACUAUUCUCGAAUGCGAUUCUAUUUAUCAACUGUUAAAGAAGUUCAAAAUUAGUGGUCAAAAUGUGGAUCAAAAUGGAUCACCGAAUAUCAACAACUCGACCUCAAAUGUAAUGAAUGGCUUCUGGAAUGAAUUGAAUGGAUCCAAUCGAUCCAAUCGAUCCAAUCCUUUCAAUGGAUUCGAUUAUGGGAAAGACUCGUCAACUGGACAGUCGAGUCGUAUCGGAGGCACAAUUGAUUUGGGCUUUGGUUUGACUCGAAACUCAUCGUACUUUAAGCCCAUGACUGGUGAUAAUCCAAGAGAUAAUUUCAUGCCUUCAAACGGAAACGGAAGACAAAACAAACAAAUGUAUAAAAUAUUUGAUUUGAGCCAAUCAUUGAAUGGGUCGAUCGAUGGAAAUUUCAAUAUUACUAACAAUGGAGUCUAUGGCCGAGGAUCUGGUACUCUAUCGGUGAAUAAGAUAUGGAAACCUAUUGAAGAUUGUUUUACUAAUUCUCAAUUGACAUUCAAGAGAAUUAUGGAAGAAAAGCUUAUUUCGCAAAUGAAGGCAACGGCUAAUUACAACUGGACCGGACAACUGCCGCGAAAAACACGUAACAAGAAUCCCAUCUAUUCGUGCAAAGUAUUCCUCGGCGGUAUUCCAUACGAUUUGACCGAUAGUGACCUUCACUGCACAUUCGCUCAAUACGGAAAUAUUCAAAUUCAAUGGCCAGGAAAAGACAUCAGGAGUGCUAUCGAUAGCGCCACUCAUAAUAAAGCCGGUUAUGUCUACAUUAUAUUCGAGUCAUACGACAACGUGACUGCUUUGCUCCAGAAGUGUACAGUUAGUUAUAAAGAUGUUGAAUCCGGUUAUCGUUUCUACUAUAAUCUGUCGUCUCGUCGACAAAAAGCAAAAGAAGUUCAAGUGAUCCCAUUCGACAUCGGCGACCGUUUCUAUAUGAAGAACACCUUUUCAGGACAAAUGGAACACUCGAAGACUGUCUUUGUGGGAGCACUUCAUGGUAUGUUGUCAGCAGAGGGAUUGGCUCGAGUGAUGGACGAUUUGUUUGGUGGUGUGGUCUUUGCUGGACUCGACACCGAUAAACACAAGUAUCCAUUAGGUUCAGGAAGAGUAUCAUUUGAUAACAAAGACAGUUACGACAAAGCAGUCGCUGCGGCUUUCAUUGAGAUAAAGUCUCCGCGAUUCAAGAAAAAGAUUCAAAUUGAUCCCUACAUUGAAAACGAGUGCGAGUGUGCUAUUUGUCACACACAGCAACAGAUGCCCAUCUAUUGUAGAGAUGAGUUCAAGUACUUUUGCUUGAAGUGCUGGGAGGAACAGCACUCGGAUCCCGAAUCAAAGAACCAUCGAGUGAUCGUCAAAAACAAACAACAAACCGCCUAAACUCGACAUUUGAAAUAUUAAUAUAAAAUGAA